AUGUCGUCAGAAGGUGUCGAUGACAAAGCCACUGGGCAGAAAUCUCCAUCUGCUCGUUCAAAAGAUUCACAAUCUACUCCAGAGAAACGACUCCAUUUUAGACACAGUGAAUCAGAAACGGAUGACAGUGAUGAAAGUAACUCCCUGUCUGGCUCCCAUGUGGAUGUCAACACAGUUUCAGGAAAUUUGAUCCAAACACCUAAACCCAGUCCUCGGAGCCUAAAGAAAAUCAAAGCUAUACAAGAAUGGGAAAUAAUCAAUGGCUUAAAAGAGGGAGAACGGUGUGAAGAGAAACCAGACAAAUAUCAGGGUUAUUUAAUGAAAAAAAGAAAAUGGCCUCUAAAAGGUUGGCAUAAGAGAUACUUUGUGUUGGAUAAAGGAAUUUUGGUUUAUGCAAAAUCACCCAAUGAGAUUCAAAAAGGUAAAUAUCAUGGAGUCAUUGAUAUUGGACUAUCUGUUCUAUGCUUCAAAAGAUGUCAGCGCCGAAUAGAUAUUGAUGCAGAAGAAUUGGUGCAUCAUGUGAAGGUGAAAGAUCCACAGUUGUUUGAAGAUUGGCUUGCCCAACUAACUCAUCACAGACUUUAUCGUCAACAUGAAAUUACUUAUGGUACUAAGGAUCAACCAAGGUUGACUGAGCUUACUUCACCAACUGAAGAGAUUACACAGCUUCCUGCAUGUGCCAAUUUACCAGAGAAAGCUCGAACUUUCAGCAUGGGAAAAGAAAGUGUGCGUCAGGCUAGCUUGAAAGGACGUUCUAACCAGGGAACGCUUCUUUCAGGAUGUGGAAAAGUAGCAGCCUGGUUGUUAGAUUCUGAAGGGAUACACCAAUGCAAUAAAGAAAUGAGUCAAGCCCAAAACCACUUGUAUGAACUGAAAAACAUUUUGGAGAAAAUGAAGAACCUCCCUUUAGCUACAGAUUCAGUACUUGGGUGGGAUGAUUUAAAUUUGUCUGAUAAAAAGAAAUCUCGCCGUGCCAUUGGCUCCCGAUUUAACAAACUGAAGGAGAGGGGAAGUUCAGCAUCUAGUCCCCAGCAUAAUAGGAGUUAUGUAUCUGGCUCUUCCAAUGUUUUGGCUGUUUCUCCCCAAGACCGAAAUGUUCUUUCUGUUACACCUGAUCGCAUUCAUCUCAGUUGUUCUAACCCAAAUUUGAUUACGUAUGAACAAGAAAAGAGCCGGCCUCACAGCAUAUCAGAAUUUUCUACACUCACAAAUCACGAACAACGAAUUAAGGAAAUUAAAUUAAGAGAAAUGUUUCUCAAUCGUGCUAAUACUGUUCAUGAUAUUCUCAAGUCACUAGUGAGAAUGGUAUCUACUGAAAGGGACCGACUCAAACAGGCUCUUGAGCAAAAUGUUAUGGCCCAAAAUAAUAGCAACAAUAUCAAUUCAUUGAAAGAGUCUAUGGCAGAGACUACUACUGAAGAUAUUUCUGUGAUGUUACUGAGACAAAAUGCUGACCUGCGCGCACGGCUGUCUCGUAUUCAUGCUGAUUCCAUGAUCCCUGAGAAUACCACUGGAGUGGUUCUGACCUCACCUCUACCGUCCCCAGGAGAUAAAGAAGGCACUGAGCACAAUACUUUAACUCAAUCAUUUUCUGCAGAAAGUUGCUCAAUGUCUGAGUAUUAUGAUGCUCCUGAAGCUAUUGAAUCCCAAAGUGAUACAACAUCAGAGGCAUCUGAUGAACCCUCCAGUGAAAUCUCUGAUGAAGGUAAUGAGACUGAUUACAACAGUAAAAUUAGUGUUUCAGAGGGAGAACUGUCUCAGACAUUCCAAACAGGACGACGUUCAAAAUUGCCUGUUCCUCGGCCUGAUACUGGCGAUGUAAGCUUGUGGAACCUGCUAUGCAAAAAUAUUGGUAAAGAUUUGACAAAGAUAUCUAUGCCUGUAACUCUAAACGAACCACUAAGUUCAUUACAACGGCUUUGUGAGGAAUUAGAGUACAGUGAAUUGCUAGAUAAAGCAUCCGAAUUUGAUGAUCCUCUUGAGCGAAUGAUUUAUGUGGCUGCAUUUGCUGUGAGUUGCUAUGCCAGUUCUGCAUAUCGUGCUGGACAUAAACCUUUCAAUCCAAUUUUAGGAGAGACUUAUGAAUGUAUCAGGGAAGACAAAGGAUGGCGUUUUAUAUCUGAACAGGUUAGUCAUCACCCACCUAUAUCAGCAUGCCAUUGUGAUUCAAGAAAUUUUAUAUUUUGGCAAGAUGUGCGGAUUAGAACAAGAUUUUGGGGGAAGUCAAUGGAAAUCCAACCCAUUGGACAUGUGAAUGUGUUUUUACCAAAGUAUAACGACCAUUAUCAAUGGAAUAAAGUCACAACCUGCGUCCAUAAUCUUCUUGGUGGUCAGCGUUGGGUGGAUCAAUAUGGAGAAAUGUAUAUUAGAAAUGGAGAUAUUUCCUGCAAAAUUACAUUUACUAAAGCUAGUUACUGGUCAGGUAAAAGGCAUGAGAUUUAUGGCCAAAUCAUCAGCCAGGACAGUAAAGUAGCACAUAAACUGUUUGGCAAGUGGAAUGAAGCAAUUUAUUGUGGUAAUUCUGCUCCUUCUGCACGUUGCAUUUGGCGCCCAGGUACCAUGACAGAUGACCAUGCUUUGUAUUAUGGUUUCUCUCGUUUUGCUAUUGAACUUAAUGAAUUAAAUGAAGAAGAAGCUCGUUUCCUGCCACAGACUGACAGCAGAUUCCGACCUGAUCAGAGGCUACUAGAAGAAGGUAAACUACAAGAAUCUGAGCAAGAGAAAAUUAGGAUUGAACAAUUGCAGCGAGACAAGAAGAGACAAAGAGAGGAUAUGAAAAUUAGUUAUAUGCCACAGUGGUUUAGAAAAGUGGAAGUAAAUGGCAGAGAAUUUUAUGAAUUCACAAGAGAAUAUUGGGAAAAGAAAAAGGAUCCUGGCUUUUCUCGAAUGUCCCUUCCUAAAUUAUGGUGA